GGAGUCUUUUCUUCCAUGCAGCUCUUUUAUUGAAGACCUUGACAUUUGCUGCCACCAAUGACUGUCACAUACACAGCCAGAGUUGCAAAUGCCCGUUUCUGUGGCUUCUCCAAGCUGCUGCUGGCCUGGAAGGGCAGCAUCUACAAGGUGUUGUAUAAAGAGUUCCUGGCUUUCUUUGCCAUGUACACCGCCAUCAGCAUCACAUACAGAUUUGUCCUGUAUGAUGAUCAGAAGAGGUACUUUGAGAAGCUGGCAAUUUAUUGCAACCACUACGCCAGCCUCAUCCCCAUGUCCUUUGUUCUGGGUUUCUAUGUGACCCUGGUGGUGAACCGCUGGUGGAGCCAAUACACCAGCAUCCCACUCCCUGACCGGCUCAUGUGCGUCCUGUCGGGGGGGCUCCAGGGCAGCGACGAGCGGGGCCGCCUGCUGAGACGCACCAUGAUGCGUUAUGCCAGUCUGUCGGCCCUGCUCAUCCUCCGCUCCGUCAGCACCGCCGUGUUCAAACGGUUCCCCACCAUGGACCAUGUGGUGGAGGCUGGUGAGUAGCUGCCAGGACCGGGGGGUGGAGG